UUUAUCACCUUUUAUUUUUAAGAUACCUAGUUAUUUUUCAUAUCGUCAUAAUAAAAUAUAAUUUAUAAAAUAUAAUAAUGACAAGUUCAAUAAUUACAAAUCGAAUUCGAUCGGUGAGUGACGAUGACGAAGAAAUUAUUGAAUUUCUUAUGCGUAGAAAUCGACCUCGUGUUUUUCGAAACCGAAUAGAUCACAUCAACAAAUGGAAUGAUAUUGAAUUUUUCCGAAGGUUUCGGAUGAAAAAAACAACUUUUAUGUACAUUUUGGGAAAGAUAGAAAAUACAUUGUCAACUGCUAAGAGGAUGACUUCAAUUACACCAAUGCAAAAAUUGUUGGUGGCACUAAGGUUUUAUGCAACUGGGAAUUUUUUAAUGACUGCUGGAGAGCUCGUUGGAAUUAGUGAGCCAUCUGCUUGUCGAAUAGUACAGCAAGUGACACAUGCUUUAGCAGAACUUCGUCCAGAUUAUGUAAAAAUGCCCCAAAAUGUGGAAGAAAUACGUCAAGUAUCGUACCACUUUUACAAGAUUGCGAAAAUGCCACGAGUUAUUGGAGCUAUUGACUGCACCCACAUUCGGAUACACUCCCCUGGUGGUGAAAAUGCUGAGUAUUUCCGGAAUCGCAAGGGAUAUUUUUCAAUGAAUGUCCAAACUGUACCUAACUCUAACCAACUAACCUAACUCAAGACAGAUCUCGAAAGUGGUCGGUUUGGAAAUAAUUUAUUAGUGGCAGACAGUGGUUACGCCAAUUCUCAACAUGUAAUCACACCACUUCUACAAACAAAUAAUAGAGUUGAGGAAUUAUACAAUGAAUCGUUGAUAAGAACAAGAAACGUAGUUGAAAGACAAUAUGGAGUAUGGAAGCGUAGAUUUCCAAUACUAUCUUUUCGAAUAAAAUUGGAAACUACAAUGGCCGCAAUUGUUGCUUGUGCUGUGUUGUUUAAUAUUACUCGUUCACUUGAUGGAGAAGAGCCACCAGAUGAUCAUGAAGCAAGAAACUUUAUAGUUGUACAAGAAGCACCUUCACAAACACCUGUACAUGCAAAUAUUAAUCAACAAUUUACUGCUAGGAACAGACUAUUAAAUGAUUAUUUUCCUUCAUUACUUGAUGGUAAUGGACAAUAGUAUUUGAUUUAUCAAUUUGUCAUUUUGUAACGUCCUUUUUUUUAUAAAUUUUUACUAGUGUAUUUAAAAAUAAAAUGUGUCUUCAAAUAAAAUUUUUGCAAUAUGGUAGCUUACAAA